AAGAAGCAGAGCCGAGGCAGAAAGAGGAAGAAGACGAAGAUGUCGUGGCAGACUUACGUUGACGAUCACUUGAUGUGCGACGUUGAAGGAAACCGCCUCACCGCCGCCGCAAUUCUCGGCCAAGACGGUAGCGUCUGGGCUCAGAGCGCGAAUUUUCCUCAGUUGAAGCCUGAGGAAAUCGAAGGCAUCAACAACGAUUUUAUUGAACCAGGAACACUUGCCCCUACGGGAUUGUUCAUCGGUGGCACAAAGUACAUGGUGAUCCAAGGAGAGGCAAAUGCUGUCAUUCGAGGAAAGAAGGGAGCUGGUGGUGUAACCAUCAAGAAGACGAACCAAGCUUUGGUCUUUGGGAUUUAUGAUGAACCAAUGGCUCCUGGGCAGUGCAACACGGUUGUGGAGAGGCUCGGUGACUACCUGAUUGAAUCGGGGCUCUGA